AGAUCACCGAUGAUAAUGUUUUGUAACAUUCGAUACUGGUUAAGACGUCGCCUACAAACAAGUUGUUGAGUCUCUACCGUGUGGUCGUGUUACAAAGUGAAAGAAACAUAAAAUGGUGCUUACUCUUUAUAAGUUGGACGCCAGUCCGCCCGUGCGUUCCGUCUACAUGGUGAUUGAAGCUUUAAAGAUAAGGGACGUGGAGUACGUCGAUGUGAACCUGCUUGAAGGAUCGCAUUUGAAAGAGGAAUUUCUAAAGAUGAACCCGCAACAUACAAUUCCUUUGUUGAAAGACGACGAUUUCUUGAUUUGGGACAGCCACGCCAUAUCCAGUUAUUUGAUCAGCGUAUACGGAGCUGAUGACUCUCUCUACCCAAACGAGCCCAAGAAAAGAGCGUUAAUCGACCAGCGUUUGCACUUUGAUAGCGGUAUACUGUUUCCUGCUCUACGUGGUGUUGCCGAAUUGAUUAUUUUCCGCGGCGAGAAAGAAAUACGACCAGAGAACUUGGCCAAGAUCAAAUCGGCCUAUGACUUCACAGAGAAGAUUCUCUCUUCAGAUUGGAUUGCCGGUGAUGAGUUCUCCUUGGCCGACAUUUGCUGCGUUACUUCCAUCAGCACGUUGAACGAGAUGGUUCCAAUUGACGGAAGCUUAUAUCCUAAAUUAGCUUCGUGGUUAGACCGUUCUGCUCAACUGCCGAUCUACAAAAAAGCCAACGAGCCAGGACUUCUGCAAUUCCGAGAGAUAUUCAAAAAUAAAACUACACCGGCUAGCAGACAAAGUGCUAUGCAAAUUUCCGUGUUCUACCUGACCCCGGGACACCAGGCUAAGUGGCCCCUUGCUGUGUUGUGCUGUACAGUUAGUGUGUGCCCACAGUGCGUGUGUUUUCAUCUAGCGGUGCUGCUUCGGGUUGGAGACAUUCCGAACAGCGUAACGCAGGACCCGGGAACAGAAAGACGACUUUGCAUUGUCAGAAUACGCUUUAUGAUCAGUACACCGGCUAGCAGACAAAGUGCUAUGCAAAUUUCCGUGUUCUACCGGCAAAAUGUUCAAACAAAGUCGAACGCCCGGCGGUUAUGCAAUACUCCUUACCGAUUACGUCCACUUUACGCUGACAUUUCCAUUCGUAAUCAAUUUGCUUUUAUUUUAAACAGUCAGACCGUAACGAAAGAAGACAACAGUCUCGUUCCGACUAUGGUGUUCAUCCUGUACAAAAAGGACACAAGUCCUCCUUGCAGAUCAGUUCAGAUGGUACUUCACGAGCUCGGAAUUUAUGACGUGGAACUCAUUGAAGUGAAUCUGCCAGAAAGGGACCAUCUGAAAGAAGAAUUUCUGAGGAUGAAUCCGCAACACACUGUUCCCACGUUAAUAGACGGAGAUUUCAUAAUAUGGGACAGCCACGCCAUAGUCACAUAUUUGGUGAACAGAUAUGCUAAAAAUGACACAUUAUAUCCUAAAGAACCUAAACAAAGAGCCAUUGUUGAUCAGAGGUUACAUUUUGAUACCGGAGUGCUCUUCGCCAUAUUACGAGCUACUGCUGAACCGGUAUUAUACAACAAUGAAAAGAGCUUUAAACAAGAAAAUCUAGAAAAAAUGGAGGCAGCCUACGAAUUCGUUGAAAAAUUCCUGACUUCCGAUUGGCUAGCCGGAGACCAAGUUACAUUAGCCGAUAUCUGCUGUGUAUCUACAAUCAGUUCCAUGAACGUAAUUGUCCCUAUUGACAAAAAGAAGUACCCAAAAAUAAUUUCGUGGCUACAGCGCUGUUCCGAACAAGAAUUUUACAAGAAAGCCAACGAACCAGGCUUGAAGAAAUUCAUAGAAAUGUUCAAAAAUAAAAUGGGCAACUAAGUAUAUUGCAAAUUCAAGCUAAAUUUUGUAGUAUCAUACUCAAAUAUAAUUUUUAAUCAAAUCCGAA